AUGAGAGGAAAAGGAAAGACCAGAGCUUCUCCUAGUGCUAGUCACUCUACUUGGCUUCCUCGUGGCAAGGCCUGCUUGAACUGCAGACUACGCAAGAUCAGGUGCGACGGUGGUACGCCGAUAUGCGGACCCUGUCGAAAGGACGGCCGCGCUGUCGAUUGCGAAUACGCAAGCAACGCCCCAAGCUCGACACACCGUCUUGAGCAGAGAGUUACGGAACUUCGCGCACGCUUGCGCGACCUUGAACCGUCUAGCUCCAGUCAAGGGACGUCGCUCCACUCACCGAGUCCAUCUGUACAGGGAUCGCAAACGCCGCAGCCAGAGGAGCUUGCUGUGGGCCACGGAGACUUCAAUCUCUCAGAGGCGGACAUGGUCACAUUAAUCGAUCUCUUCUUCGAGCAAGAACAACCGCUAUGGUUUUUGCAUCGUACACGCUUUCAUGAAGCGGCUCAAAGGCCGAUUGACGACCCUCAGCGAGCGCAUGCCGCCCUUAUCAACAUCGUGACCGCGAUUGCGACGCGCUAUGCAACCUCAGACGUCGCGUGGCUUGAAGCAGGACUCAUUGAUGCCAGUCUCUCCGCACUGAACAAUCCCCUCAACACCGGCGGUGUCGGCUACGAGAACACCAUCAUGCAGGUGCUUCAGGCUCGCGUACUUCUAGGUAGUGUGCUGGCGCAGAUGGGUCGGACGCUCCAAAGCGCGACCGUGCUCGAGAGUGCUUGUGCUCUUGCACUCGCGCUAGGUCUCCACAACCCGAAUGAGGGAGCCGCGCUAGCACCCUUGGGUGUGAUGGAUCCUAUCGCUCAACAGACACUACCUUCGCCUACUGACAAUGUGUCUCGUGCUGAGCGCACCGGCGCGUUCUGGGUGACAACGAUUGUCGAAUCCCUGUGGGCUCUCGCUCGUGGAGCACCUCCGAGGGUAGGGUUUACAAGGUACCAGAUCACCACGCCCUGGCCCAUCACUCCCGAGCGCGCUGAGGAGCCUCUGUUCGAUAUCGUCUCAUCCUCGAGAGGGCCACAAAGCGUCAGAGCGUUCAUUCGUGAAGGUGGUCCAGCACCUUCCUGGCAAGGGGACAAUGCCGUGGAGCUCGUUGCGACCGCCACCUGCUUGUUUGCAUACUCGAGCGCGAUCGCUCGUAGAGCCGGAAUUGAGGAAGCCCAUGAUGUCCUUGCGGUGGAGGGCCACGCAGAUGCCUUUGCUUUGGCACUUGGACCAGCAUUAUUGGCCGACGUACGAACACAUCCGGCUCAAGUCUUGGUUCGUGGUGCCACUCUUGAGCUUCAUACGAACCCCGGAGACCCACGAGGUAUCAACGCGGCGCGGGCACUAGCGGCAGCGGCGCAGACGCUUCUGAGCCCUUCAAGUACUCUCGGCUUUCUUGAGCCAGUCAUUGGAAUGGUUGUGUCGGCUGCUUGCCGAGCUUUGAUAUCUGCACGGAGUACUGCCGACACAGAUGAAGGCGUGCAGGAUUUAGAGGUGACUCUGAACACUCUUCAAGGCGUUUUAGAAGCCUGGGCGCCACAGAGUGCUUACAUAGGCGUGCAACUUCAACGGAUCCAACAGGAACGCAUCUCUUCUCUGUAA